AUGGAGCGUGAAAGCCUGCGUAUCUUCGACAGAGAGACUAAUAACUGGAAGGAUAACUACCCAACUGAGUUGCCCGCUCGUCCUGGCUGGAAUGACAAGGGUAAGGCCAUCUCCAUCCGAGUGAACCAGUACAAGGUCGUCGCUUGGCCCGACAAGGAUGUUCAGCAGUAUGAUAUCAACAUUGGUACUGGUGCUGAGAAGCGCGGAAAGAUCAUGGCUGUCUGGAAGUCGCGGGCUGUCCAGAGCGUGAUUACCCGUAACAACACCAUGUGGCUCUGGGAUGGCAUGAAGAUUGCUUGGACAUCUGCUCGUAUGCCUGAGCAACGUAUUAUGGUCAACUUCGAUGAGGAGAAGGGCCGAGCACCUCGAGACCCUAAUAAUCCUGAUACCUGCCUGUGUGUCAUCAAGCCUUCCAAGACCAUUCGCAUGGCCGUCAUUGAAGCCUAUCUUGCUGAGAAGAUUCCCUUUGAUUCUUCCAUUCUUGAGGCUAUCAACUUCCUUGAUCACUUGAUGCGUCAAGGUCCUUCUGAGCUGUAUACCCAGAUCAAGCGCAGCUUCUUCGCUCGCGGUGGUAACACUGUCUCUCUUGAUAACUGCGUUGUUGCCAUGAAGGGUGUCUACUCGUCAAUUCGCCUCUGCAAUCCCAAGUCUGCUGGUGGCAAUCCAACUGCUGGUCUGGCUGUCAACGUCGAUGUUGCCAACGGCACUUUCUGGGCUGCCCAGGACGUUCACCAGGCUGCUCGCAAUUUCCUCAAGGAGCGCAACCGUGCUUCCAACUGGGAUGUUUUCCGACAGAACCUUCGUCCCAUCAAGGAUGGUAAGGGCGGAUGGACCUGGUCAGAGGACCUUAAGUUGCUUCGCAAGAUGGCCAAGCUAAAGUUCACUGUCAAGCACCGUGGCAAGCAAGAUGACUUGAAGCAAUACAGCAUCAAGAGAUUCACAUUCUUGCCUAGACAAGAUGGUGGUCACAGCAAGAACACUUAUUUCAAGCUCAAGAACCGCCAGACUGGUUCUGAGGAAGAAAUCAGCGUCUUUGACUACUUCCGCAAGACCUAUAACAUCACCAUCAAUAUGUGGGAUAUCCCAUUGAUUGAGACUGACAAGGCCGGCUUGUUUCCCAUGGAGCUAUGCACUUUGGUUCCCAACCAACGCUACAACUUCAAGUUGAGCCCUGACCAAACCGCUGCCAUGAUCAAGUUCGCUGUGACCAGACCAAAGGAGCGCAUCGCUUCUAUUCAACAUGGCAUCGGCAUGCUUCGUUGGAAUGAGGAUAAGUAUCUCAGACACUACGGUGUUAAGAUUGAUUCGAACAUGACCUUGACCAAUGCCCGCCUUUUGCAACCUCCCGAGGUUCAGUACCAAGGAUCCAAGGCUAAUCCUGGAACUUCAGGUCGCUGGGACCUUCGAGGCAAGAGGUUCUUGCUUGCCAACGAAGAGCCACUCAACUCUUGGGGAAUCUGCAUCGUCAAUGACUGUCUGCCAGAAGCCGCCGUCCGCAACUUCAUGAAUGUAUUCAUUCAGACAUACAUUGGCCAUGGUGGAAAGGUCCAGAACAAGACCCCCUUCAUCUAUCGUCACGCCAAGACCGAGGACUUGAGUGCCAUGGUUCCCAACUUCCGUACCGCCACUGGCAACCAGGUCAAGGCUAUGCCUCAGAUUCUAUUCUAUGUUAUGCCUGGUAGAGACUCUUGGAUGUAUGAGCGCCUCAAGCGUAACAAUGAGUGUCGUUUUGCCAUGGUCUCACAAUGUGUCAACAUUGCACAUGUCCAGAAGGCUCAACCACAGUACUGCUCUAACGUCUGCAUGAAGGUCAACGCCAAGCUCGGUGGCACUUCUUGCAAGGUCGCUGCGACUGGAAAUCCUUUCAAGGUCCCCACUAUGAUCAUCGGUGCAGAUGUAUCUCACGCUUCGCCAGGCAGUGUCCAAGCCUCCAUGGCCGCUAUCACCGUCUCCAUGGACCAGAUCUGCUGCCGCUUCGCUGCUGCUGUUCAGACCAACGGACACCGUGUUGAGAUGAUCACCAAGAACAACAUCAGCACCAUGCUCAUGCCUCUAAUCAAGCAAUGGCAAAACAAUGCUAAGAUUGGUGGUGGCAGAAUCCCUCAGCACAUCUAUUACUUCCGUGAUGGUGUUUCUGAGGGUCAGUACGCUCAAGUCUUGAACCAGGAGGUCAAGCACAUGAAGGAGUGCAUGAUUGAGACAUUCGGUGCCGAGGCCGCCAACGUGAAGUGGACUGUCGCAGUCUGUACCAAGCGUCAUCAUAUCCGCUUCUUCCCUAAGGAUGGCGAUUCUCAAGCCGCAGAUCGCAACGGCAAUCCUCUUCCCGGUACCCUCGUUGAGCGAGAUGUUACUCAUCCAUUUGAGUAUGACUUCUACCUCAGUGCUCACUCCGCUAUUCAAGGUACUGCUCGACCAGUUCACUACCAAGUGCUUCUGGAUGAGGCCAAGGUCAACGUCAACGACUUCCAGAAGAUGAUCUAUACCUUCUCUUACCAGUACAUGCGCUCUACCACCCCCGUCUCCAUCUUCCCGGCCAUCUACUACGCCCACUUGGCAUCCAACCGUGCUCGUGCCCACGAGUCGAAGCCGGCUUCUGCUGGUCCUGGAGGUGGACAGAAGUUCGAUGAGGCUCGUCAAGAUGCUGCUGUCGCUGCCAAUCGUGAGCGCCGUACUCAACAAGGUACCUCUCAGACUGGAUCUUCCGCAGCUGUCGAGGUUCUUCCUCUUGUGCCUCUGGGUAAUCCUGAGAGUGGUAACAUUGCCAAGAUUCGUACUGGCAUGUGGUACAUCUAGAUUCUCUCCUGCUUCUUUGAGCUCUGUCCCUUGCUUUGCUCACUUUCACUUCUUGCGUUGUCUUAACACUACACUUUUCCUGGCUGUCAGCAAUUGCACAUUUUAUCGAUUCGACUCUCGUUUUAGUACGAAUAGCGCAAUCUUUUGAGGUGCGGCUGGCGGACUUGUAUUUUGAUUCUAUCACGAAGGGUUUAUGGAAGUCGCAUGGACUUGGUGGAGGCAGACAAAAAGGGAAUAAUAAUAGAUUGAUGGCAUGUUUGGGCUUGCAACCAGGUUUGUGCCUUUGCCGACAUCACGCGAGCGAUUACUAGAUAGCGAAUUCAAUGAC